GUCAAACAGUGGAAGAGUCAAACACGGAGGGCGAGAGGCGAACACACGCGGGGAGAGCGUUAACACACUCAGGGAGAGAGUUUAACACACACGGGGAGAGAGUUAACACACGCGGGGAGAGAGUUGAUACGGAGAGAGAGUUAACACACACGGAGGGUGAGAGGCGAACACACGCGGGGAGAGAGUUUAACACACUCAGGGAGAACGUUAACACACACGGGGAGAGAGUUUAACACACAUGAGGAGAGAGUUAACACACUGAGAGAGAGUUUAACACACUCGGGGAGAGAGUUAACACAGACGGGGAGAGAGUUUAACACAGAGGGGGAGAGAGUAAACACACGCGAGGAGAGAGUUAACACACACGCGGGGAGAGAGUUAACACACACGGGGAGAGAGUUAACACACACGGGGAGAGAGUUUAACACACUCAGGGAGAGAGUUUAACACACGGAGAGAGAGUUUAACACACACGGGGAGAGAGUUAACACACUUCAGGGAGAGAGUGAUUCGGUGACACGUCUGGCUCCGUGUCGCUCCCCCCGUGCGCGGUGUCUACAACAACAACAGCAGCAACAACAGCAGCGACAACAACAACAGCAGCAACAACAGCAGCGACAACAACAACAGCAGCGACAACAACAACAGCAGCAACAGCAGCUACAACAACAGCAGCUACAACAACAACAGCUACAACAACAAAAGCAGCAGCAACAGCUACAACAACAACAGCAGCUACAACAACAGGCAUUUGGGUGACCCUCUCGCAUGGAGCCGGUUACGCGCGGCGAUCAUCCCACGGUGUCCGACUCGGCCCUCGUGAGGCGAGAACGCGAGAAGGAUGCGAAUGCCGAGCCGCCACCGCCGCAUCGCAACGCCUCCGCCUGCCCGCCCACGUUCGCCAAUCUCAAGACGUCCUUUCCUCUCGACGACACGAAGACGUUCGACUAUCCUGGGAUCGAGCCGACGCUCAACCAGACCAACAUCCUCCGCGGCAUGAAGGACAACGACAUCGGAAGCUGCCUCUCGAGCACUGCCAACCAUCACGUUGACACAACCGGCCCGGGUGAAUAUGUCACCUACGUGGCUUUGCCCCAUGGCUCAAACGUCGCCGAUAAUAUUCCUGGCCUGCAUCGCGUCCCCAAGUCGGCCAGUGCCGACGCAGCCGAUUACCUGGCCGUUAUGCGCUCCGCCGAUACGAAUUACAAAGUUGUUCAAGCUCCGUACGGCGCUCGGGGCUAUGUCACCGGCUACAACGCCGAACCCCUGAGAGCGAUAUCCAACGGCGCCGCCAGGGUGACGUGCGGUUUUCCCGGCGGGCAGCAGGUCGUUGCCGGUUUUCCGUUUGGUUUGCACCCGCACGGCACGAAUCGCUUGGUCUUCCCGAACGCCUACGGCGCGAGCGUAGAGAACCGUGAGAACGUGCCGGCAUACCCCGGGAGCGCCGGCUUCACCUCGCAUGCCACCAGGGCGACCAGCAUGCCGCCCUUUUCACAUUACGAGCCGAAAGCGAGGGCGGCGGGUAGCGGCAGCCGGUCGUGCGACUUGGAGAUGUGGCAAAGUCAUCCGCUUCAGAGUGCCGGUCAUCAGCUGUUGAUGUACCCGAAGGAUGACGAAGCGACUGCGGACCUCAAGAGAAAACUGGGCGCCGCGGAGCUGGAGGUCAGGACCCUCAGAGAUUCCCUCCUGAAGGUCCAGAACGAUCACUCGGCGCAGCUCAAGAAGAUGGAGGAGAAGAUUAAGAACAGAGACAAGCACAUGGAGUCCCUGAAGAAGCGCUGCCAGAAGAGCACGGAGGAGCGUGACGAGAAGGAGCGGAAACUCCAGAGCAUGGACAGAUACCUCUCGGCGUUGCCCACCAUGGAGGACCACCAGCGAGACCUUCAGCAGAUGACGGAGCUGGAAACGUUGAGGUCGAGUUUGCAACACAGGGUGGAGGCCCUGGAGGGAAGGCUGCGCGACAGGGACCGCGAAAUCCUGGACCGAAAAACCAAGGAGGAGGAGCUAGUGGCCGCAGUGCAAAGCCUUCAGCACAAGCUGGACUCACUUGAGCAGUCAAAGAGUCCCCCGUCUGGAGUGGACGUGACGCAGCUACGGCAGGAGAACUGCAACUUAAAGAAGAUCAUAAACAUUUUAAAGAAGAAGCUCGAAGCCCUCACCGAAGAGCAUGGAGAUAAAAUCAGGCUCUUAGAAGAACAAGUGGUGCACGAGGAGGAGGAGAAUGCGGCUCUAAGAGAUGCGCUCGGGGAGAGAGACAGCGGCCUGCAGGCCCUGCAGAGCGCCGUCAAGGAGCUCGCGGCUCAAAACCAGAAGCUGCUGGACGGGCACUUAAGCCUGAAGGAAGAGCUGCAGGAGACGAUGGACGUGUCGCGCGAUCACGAUCGGCUGAGCCAAGUCGGCAGCGAACUCCAAGCGCAGCUGAGCCACUGCUUUGGCGAGCUGCGGUCGCUGUGCCGGGUGGUGUGCCAGCGAGUCCACGGGCACGAUCCGAACCUGUCGCUGCUGCUCGGGAUUCAGAGCCUCGCGCACGAUGAGAGGGACGCCGGCGGCGACGGUGGCGGCGGCGGUGCCGACCGUCGCUCGGCGAGCUCCCCGCCCAUGCCGCUCGCGUCCACGCUGGACGGUGUGCGGCAGCUGCGGCGCGAAGUGGACGAAGCGCGAGCCGUGCUCUCGGAGCGCUACGCCGAGGACGUGGGGGAGAACUGCGCCGUGCAGUAGGCGCCAACGCCGGUGCCACCAUGCCGGUGCCACCAUGCCGGUGCCACCAUGCCGGUGACGACCGAAGGGGUGCUUUUAAGAACGUUUGGAGAAAUUAUCAUUUGGAUUAAAAAAUAUUGGGUUUCAGUCUUUGUUUGCACCUUAUUUUAGUGAUUUAAUAAUCCCCCGAUUUGCUUAUUAAGAUUUCAUCCUGCCCCGGUGGUAGCUCGGCGGUCAAGCGAGCCCGCUCGUCAGCGAAAGUUUGCGAGUUCGACUCCUGGUUGGGGGUCUGACGCAGCCCAUCAUCAUCCCUCUGGGGUCAUUAAAAUGAGUACCACAAUGUGGCGAAGUUAAGUGGAUGCGUCCUCUGGAUCAACAUGGCCCCUGCCAUAGGAGUGUGGAAUUUCCACGGUCACUGACUCUACAGGGCAAUAAGCAGGUGAGCACACCGGUGCUUGUUUGAGCAGCAGGAAGUCGCUGACUUUUGCAUGACGUAUUUAAGUAACUUGUUUUUGCAGCAUGUCGACAAUAAAGAAGUGCGUUUGUACGAUUUUACACGGUG